GGCUCAGCGGGGAUUAGCCUGGGCCAUGGCGCUGGGAUGGAGGGGCUCGGGCGCCCUGCGGCUGCUGGAGGAGGCCCUGGGCCCCCCACCCCGGCUCCGGGCGCAGCAGCUCCUGGGGGUGCUGCAGAGCCCCCUCUUCCAGGCCCUGCUCGACAUCCAGGAGAGCUACGAGGCGACGGUGGCGGAGGCGCCCCCCGCCCCCCCGCGGCUGCGGGUAACCCCGACCCCCCCCGACCCCCCCGACAGACACCCCCCAACCGCC